UGAAAAUGACACCAUCUGGUACCUUUAUGCAGAUACGCGACCUUUACUUACAGAAGAGACAAAUAGGCCAACGCCUUAAACGUGAAGUGUUUAACUUUGCGUGUGAACUUGCACAGUGCCGCGCCGGAGAAACCUUCAUAGUUAUUGUCGAUGGCAUUGAGUGGGUUGCUACAGUUCCAAGGCGCAGCAAGCCAGACGAUCUCGUAUCAAUGAGAUUCUCGGCUGGCAAUCAGGUGGAGAGGACGCUAGUCGGAAUGCUUGGUAGUGGCGCCAAGGAGGAGAGCCUUAAGAGGUACAUCCGUGAAGGAUUGGCGAUGAAGACAAACGAGUACAAAGAGCGGAUCAGGGGCAUGAGCCAUGAUGCCGCUCUGGUGUUUGUCCGGGACCACAUAAGACACACCACACCAGCCCAAGGACAGAUUGGUCGCGAGGACAACAUGAUGUACCAUUGGCCCAUGCGGCCAUGGACUCGGCUGUAUGAUGAGGCAGCCAGCGCGGCUGACAGGACCAUGACAACGGGGAAUGAAGAAGCUUUGAAGGCUGGUGAGGAGGUGGUGACCUCCGGGGGAGCUGAGGGAGGUGAUGCUGCCAUGGUGGACCCGGAGGAGGACGCCCGUGGCGGACGAGCUGCCAUGCCCAGCCCACGGUUUCCGUGCGCGGUAAGACAGCAGGAGGAGGACGCCCGUGGCGGACGAGCUGCCAUGCCCAGCCCACGGUUUCCGUGCGCGGUAAGACAGCAG